AUGGCUGGUGUCGCUAAAGAGGCCGUGGUGCCCAUCGAGGCCGUGCUCUUCGGAAUAUCAACGCUCCUCGUCCUCGCUCGUCUAGCACUUCGAACAAUUCGACAACACCAGAGUCUCACCGUCAGCGAUUGGUUUCUCAUCGUCUCUUUACUCGAUGCCGCUGCGUUAUUUGGGACCGAUACGGCUGCGUAUAAUUUGGGGGGAAUGGACGAAUAUGACCCAAGUGCACCGCCACGAAGUAUUGAGGAUCAGAUUACGUUGAUGAAGGUCUCGUUUGCGGGCAACUAUUUCUACGAUACGGGUGUAUACUUUCCGAAGUUGGCGUUGUUGGCGCUUUACUUUAAGCUGAUUCCACAGACAUUGCCUGUUUUGCGCAAAUUUCUCUAUGGAGUUACAGCUUUGACGGGAUCAUUCAUGCUCACGACAUGCUUCUUGGAUACCUUUUGGUGCGGCUCCAACGUGUCUGUCAACUGGGAGAUUGAUGGAGAGUGCAGUACCUUUGACUCAAAGACAGUUUUCCGGAUUGAUUGGGUCAUGAAUCUCAUCUCCGACAUGCUUGUCUUUGCACUGCCUUUCCCGCUUCUUUUUGGUCUACAGCUCAGUAGGCGAUACAAGGCAGGUCUGGUUGCGAUCUUUGCAUCUGGACUUAUCACAUUGGGAGCAAGCAUCGGUAGAUUUGCGACGGUCGAGGCAAUUCAUGCCUGGACCAAUGUUUACGUCCUCUCCAUGACAGAGAUAGCCGCCGCAAUCGUCGUAGUAUCUCUCCCAGCACUCAAAUCACUCCUCCACGGCCUCGGCCUCCGCUCCUCGAAGCAAAACACCACACAAACAGGCUCAGGCUACAACAAACACUCAGGUACAGUGACAACAUCAAGUCACUUCAACAAGCUGUCAAGCGGCCGUGACCACAGAGAACUGUACGCCUCCACCGCACGCGUGGCGGUGGGCGCCGAAGAAGACUCCGGCAGUGAAGUGGAGCUGACCAACCUUCAAGGUAUCUACAAGUCGGCCCGCAUAAGUGUGACCUACCAGCGAAGAGAAGACGCCUCUUAUGUCUUCGUCGGACUUCGUGUCUACGCGCGUCUCUUCCGUGCGCGUGAGAAGUUGACUUGGUCCGAUUACCUUCUACUUCUGUCUGCCAUCAAUGCUCUCGCCCUCAUCAUCUGCGAUACUCUGACUUUCCAGAUGGGAGUCAUGGAUGAAUAUGAGACAUCUGUCAAGCUCUCCAAGAUCUCCUUCGCAUCCAACUACUUCUACGAUGUCGGCAUGGGUUUCCCCAAGAUGAGCAUGCUUGCUUUCUACUGGGCUUACUUCCUCCCCUCCACCGGUAUGAGUUCCGGUAUGCGAAGGGCUCUAUACGGUAUCACUGCCUUUGUCUGCGCGUCAUACAUGGCAAUUCUUUGGGACGACACUUUCUUCUGUGGAAAGGAUGUAUCCGUUCAGUGGUCUCAAGAGGAGGGCGCUUGCAGUGUCUUCUAUGCACCUGAGCCAUUCAUUCUCAACUUUACACUGAACUUGGCUUGCUAUCUUGCUGUCUACGCCCUCCCUCUCAUCCUGCUGGUCCAGGGUGUUCUUCAGCCCUCCAAGGGUGUCACUGCUACCUUCGUCCUGGGUGCUCUGACCAUCUGCACCACCAUUGUGCGAUUUGUCACACUCAAGGUUGGCACUGGACAAGAGAAUCUUGUUUACCCUAUGAGUAUGCUUGAAAUGGCACUUGCUAUUACCGUUGUCGCACUACCAGGCUUGAAGCCACUUGUGGAUCGCUCCCCAAAGCAUGAGACGAGGAGUGAAGUGAUUGAGAUCAAGAACUAA